UUGUUUUUACACAGUCCACAGCGACCGCAGCGAUUACCAUAGCAACCAUGGCUGAGAGCAAGGAACCUGUUACAAAAGCAGCUUUAAAACAACAGGUGGAAGAGUUAAGACACUCAAAUGCAGUUCUUCAGACAGAGAACGAGAUUUUUGAGAGCUUCCUCAAUCGGCUGGAUUCUCUCAGCCUGGACUCACAGCUUGCGCUACCCCAGUCUAAGAAGGGAGCGGGUCAGAGAGGCAGAUUCGAAAGAUGCAGACCGUCUCAGAAGCCACCGAGACUCCUGAAUCAGGAACAGAAGUAUUGCAUUGCCAUGUGUGAGAUGGAAGAGACCAGAAAAGAGCUGGAGCAGUACAGAAUAAGUUUAGCAAGAAAUGCCGAGUACUAUAAGGCUGCUAUAGAGGACUCUGAACUGCGGCUGGCAGAAAUUAAGAGGGAGAGACAUCACUUUGAAGAGUUUGUUGAUAAAAUUCGACAGACAACCUGGGUUCGGGAACAGAGGGCACAGAAGGUCAUCGGGUACAUCGGGCGUAAAAUAAAAGCAAAGGAAACUCUGACAGAGAGGAUGCAUAGGAGGAACAAGUUUCUGCAGAUGCAAAACUUGAAGCAGCAGCGCAUGGUGCAUCAGAAGGAACAGAUGCAAGAGACGCCGAGCUGGGUCGACUUAGAGCACCUGAAGCAAAUGAACACCCAGUGCCAGAAGCGUCUGCAAAAGUUCCAAGCACAGCUGCUAAAUCAAAGAAUGCUGGUUCGAAAGGGUCGGCAAAGCCUGAACGUUUACAAGGAGCGUCUCAAGAAGGAAAUGCAGGAGUCGGAGUCGCUGAGCAGAAAAAUCGCUUCACAUGAGGAAAGGCUGUCGAAGAUCAGAGAGAAACAGCAGAAGGUCGAGAAGGAGCGAGUUCAGGCUGAGGCUCUGAACAAGAAGCUGAAAGCCCAGUUGGCUAAUUUCCGCGUCCCUGAUGUCAUGAAAUAUGUCGAGGCCAAAGCCACGAAUGAUCGGCUCAGGCAGACCGUCAAAUCCUUGGAGCGCAAAGCGAGGGUUGCUGAGAUGGCAUUGAAGACUAAGAAAAAGAGUCCAGAAGAAUCAUCAGGCUGCAGUAGGAGCAGUGACCACUAAUCCAUGAUGACCAUAACCUAGGACUGCACGAUUAUGGCCAAAAUGACAAUCCUGAUUAUUUUGAUCAAUAUUGAGAUCUCGAUUAUUUAUCACGAUUAUUAAUUGAUUUUAGUGUCAACAUAUGUUUAUUGCACUUUCACAUUUAUUAAGUUUUCUCAUGCCACAAUAUACACACAAGUAGGCAUGAGAAAACUUGAGCUGGUCAAUUAUGACCGAAUUUAGGAACAUAGUGUGAGCCAUGACAAAUUAAUUUACCUUCUGAUAAACUAAAUGUAAUAUUUUCAGUUCAUUUUACAGACUGUAUGCAAAAAACAACCGUUAACCUGUUCCACCUUGUAAACAAAUACAAUAAACAUCAAUGUUCAGUGUUUUGAAUCUGCUCCUCUUAAAUAUAUUUAAAGCUACACUAUAAGACAUUUUCCACUGCCAUGGUUCUGGGCUGGAGUCAGUUCUCGAACCGCUCUGUGUAUAUUGUGUGUAUAUAUCUGAAUAAUCUCAUAGGAUGUGAUUGGGUGAGUUCAUUUACCCGUCAGAUGCAAAGCGCUUUAGUUUAAUGGUGUUCAUUACUGACGCUCUGAUCAGGAUUUUUACGACCGAUACCGAUCCAGAUACCAAUCUUUUUUGUUUAAACUUUAAUCAGGAGGUCUGUCAUAAACAGUUAAAUGUAAGCUCUCUGCUCAUGGUCACUGUUAAUUGAGUUAAAAUAAUAGCAAUGAGAUACUGUUAGUUCAUUGAUACACAAGGAUAAAAUAUUUAUUUUUAAAAUACCUUAAAAACAAUCAAGAGUCCUAAUUAAAAGUAGACUAACACAAAAAUGAUCCAUAUUCGGAAAAAGGCUAAUAGCUUUCUAAUGAAAUAUCUUACUAAGCUUAAUGUCAAAUUGAUAUUAAAUGCAACCCAUAGUAAUUAAACAUUAUUUCAUUUCACAUUUUAUUUAUAUUUUAUGGUUAUUAUAAUAUCUAUUUUUUAUAUUAAAUGAUUUAUUUAUAACUAAGCACAUUUUCUGUCUUUACAUUUUAGUUUUAUUUUUGUUUGUUUAUCAGUUUUAGAUCAGUUCCCCCAGUACAGUGUCCAUGUCUGCUGAUAAUAUUAUGUGUUUUUUUUGUGUGUGUGUGUGUGUAACAUGGAAACAUAACAUGGAAACUGGAGUUGACUGUCCUAGUGAUAUCUGGCAACCGUGUUUAAAUGAAGUAAAUUAGAGUUAGUGAAUGGAGAGCUGCAGUGUACUGUAUGUUUACAGACUGAACAGUUGCUACUCUUGCUUAUGAUUGGUGAGGAAUUAUUUAAUAAAGAAGUUUGAAUUAAACCCACCUUGUAGCGUUAGCAUUAUUAUUAAUUUUCUCCGCCCAAAGCCGCCGUGUCUACACAAGCAGGUGCCAGUUCAGGUAAUUUUGCGGGAUCAAUAAAAGAUGGUCUUUGUGAGAUCGGGAAGUUGAAGCAGAUGAUGUACAGAGUUACUUGUCAUCGUAUUGGCUUCUCUGCAGUAUUUACACACUUGUUCGUUUGACUGAGCUGAUGAAAAGAGGUGAAAGUAACUGUUGCUCGGUGUAGAUGCAUUUUGGACUUGUAGUUUUUAUUCCAAUUGUAUUAUACAACUCCAAACAGGUCACUCGCACCAGCGCGAAUAAAUAUUUAUUCUCAGUCGCACAAAAUACUUUUCAGUCGCAAACGUGAGUGAAAUGGUUGCACUUUAGAGCCCUGAGUUUAUCUGCAAAGUUUUUUCCAUGUUCAGCAUGAUAACGUUUAAUGUCCCCAACAACCUAUGUAGUGCCAUUUAGCAUCAUGUUAAUGCCAUGAUUUACCCUUGCCCAAAGUGCUGAAGCUCGAACCAAAGCUGGCAGCUCGAGGGCUAAAACGCUAACCCCGUUUCGGGGUUUUGGCACUACAAAGUGUCGUCAUCCCUGCGCUGCUCUAUGGUGAUUGGCUGUAAGUGUAGGAAGCGCUUGAUUUGGUCUGCAGUGGAGUUUUCUAUCAGCUGAGGAUGAACUUUAAACGUUAAUAUCGCAGUCGAUCAUGUUCAUUUAAUCGUGGACAGUCAAAAUCGUAAUCACGAUCGAUAUUCGAUUAAUUGUGCAACCCUACCAUAACCUUGAAUCCACUGAUCAGCUGAAACCUUUUAUCAUUGCUUCCUUGUUAUUCUUUUUGAAAUGGACUUACAGCAUGUACGCAAACCUCCAUAAACAUGGAUCAAAUAAAAUGCAUUAAAAAUCCAAACCCCACACGUUAUUAAUGAGAAAGUUUAUUAGUUAGUGCUGUGUAUAUUAAAUGCUACAUACAGAUAUUUAGCAUGAAUGUCACAUCCAUCUCCACAUGAAAUUUUUCUUACUAACUCAUCCACAAUCUACAAUUUGAAAAAAGCUAAAGAGGAGUUAAAGUGUGCCGUGGAGCACAAACAUUUUUAAAACAGAUUACAGGAACGAACAGCAGGCAUGCACGAGGCAGAGUACAGGACCGCAGAGGAAGGGGAGUACACGCCAAAAUCACUCACGUCAACCUAGAAUGUCCCCUUCAACCUCAUUACCCAGCAUCCCUUCCUCUGUGGCCCUGACCCUCCCACCAAGUAUAUAUAUUUAUAUAGAAAUUUUAAACAAUAUUAAUUAAAAAAAAAAGAAAAAAAAAAGAA